AUGAGAAGGUUAGAGCUCGCUCACGCCCUACAGCAGCAGCAAACGAUGUUCUCUAGGGUGGCCCCAUCAUCAUACAGCAGCAGCAGUAGCAGCAACAGCAGCAGCAGCAGCGGCAGCGGUAGCGGGGGGAGCGGCAGUAACGGCGAUCGCAGCAGCAGCAGCAGUAGCAGCAGCAGCAGCAGCAGCGGAAGCGAGCAGGCCGCAAUCCACUGCAGUGGCGUCUCUGAUGCACACCCUCAUAUCCCUCCUGUGGGCGCCCCCUUAGUACAUGCAGCAGCAGCAGCAGCAGAAGACAGCCCCCCGAGUUGUUUUGCUGCUCGUUGCAUGCGCUCGCGCUGCAUGCGGCGGCUGCCACCUGUGGGGAUCGGGGGAUGCAUGCAGCACCUCCCCACAUCUCCUGCAUGCAGCAGCAAGCCCCAAAGGCUUCCUUCUUUUCGUACUCCUGCAACAGAUUGUCUCUUUGUAUCAACAACAACAACUACGCGAUUUCUUAGAAGGAAGCAAGAACAGCACAGAAUGGGGGCGCGUGCAGCGCUUUACAGGUGGGAGGCUGAAAUGCGUGGAAGGCGUCAGGAGACAGAGGAAAGGAGACAGGAGACAGCAGCAAGACGUGAGGGGACAGCAGACAGCAGCGGGUUUCAAGAAGCGCUGUGCAGCAGCAGGACCUUAGAGGGGCUUGCGCUUGCAUCUCUACCCCUUUGCAUGCAGCAAAAGACAAUUAAAAGGAGACGCCUGAGCUCUACUGUCUCUGAUGAUGAAGAUAAAAGAGGAGAUCAAGAGGAGACACCCCUUUGCAGCGCCUUUGAGGGGCCCCCACUGUCUCCUUCUAUGACGCCUACUUGUUAUAAAAGAACAAAGACAAUCAGCUCCCAGUAG